AUAGGAAUGCCAAUUGACCGCGGUGUUGUCGGGCAGCAGCUCAAGAGCGUCGACGAAGGUAAGGUCCACCGAGGAAUCGGACGCCAUUGAGGAGGAGGAGGGGAAGGAAGGGGGGGGGGGGGGGGGGGGGAGGAGGAGAAGGAAAGGAGGAGGAAAAAGGAAAGGAGGAAGAGAAGGAAAGGAGGAGGAAAAGGAAAGGAGGAGGAAAAGGAAAGGAGGAGGAAAGGGAAAGGAGGAGGAAAGGGAAAGGAGGAGGAAAGGGAAAGGAGGAGGAAAGGGAAAGGAGGAGGAAAGGGAAAGGGAAAGGAGGAGGAAAGGGAAAGGAGGAGGAAAGGGAAAGGAGGAGGAAAGGGAAAGGAGGAGGAAAGGGAAAGGAGGAGGGAAGGGAAAGGAGGAGGGAAGGGAAAGGAGGAGGAAAGGGAAAGGAGGAGGAAAGGGAAAGGAGGAGGAAAGGGAAAGGAGGAGGAAAGGGAAAGGAGGAGGAAAGGGAAAGGAGGAGGAAAGGGAAAGGAGGAGGAAAGGGAAAGGAGGAGGAAAGGGAAAGGAGGAGGAAAGGGAAAGGAGGAGGAAAGGGAAAGGAGGAGGAAAGGGAAAGGAGGAGGAAAGGGAAAGGAGGAGGAAAGGGAAAGGAGGAGGAAAGGGAAAGGAGGAGGAAAGGGAAAGGAGGAGGAAAGGGAAAGGAGGAGGAAAGGGAAAGGAGGAGGAAAGGGAAAGGAAGGAGGAGGAAAGGGAAAGGAGGAGGAAAGGGAAAGGAGGAGGAAAGGGAAAGGGAAAGGAGGAGGAAAAGGAAAGGAGGAGGAGAAGGAUAGCUCUUGGGUUCUCAGAUACCCAGCAUCUGCUGCUGCACCAUGCUGCUGCUGUGGAGGCGAUGGGUUGGGAGAGCGAGGAGAGCAUGGGGCAAGGAAGAGACGAGCUGACCUUUGAUUCGACUCAAAAUCACGUGCUGCUGCACCAUGCAGCCGUUGUGGAGGCUGUUGGAUGUGAAGGCGAGGAGAGCAUGGGGCACAGAAGAGACGAGGCACUGGAGGGUGCAAGCGAGGAGAGGUUGGGAUUGGAGAAGGAGGAGACGGUGGGAUGGGAGAACGAGGCGAGGGUGGGGAGGCUGGCAGAGGAUGGAGCACGUGCUGAUGCUGUUGCUGAUGGCAGCACCUCAUGGCAGCCCCCCUCACAGACUUCUCCCAGCCAAGCCAUAGCACCGCUAGCAGCAGGCCCAGCAGCAGCUGAAGCAGCACAAGCAGCACCGCCACAAGCAGCACCACAAGCAGUACCGCCACCACCUGUAGGAGUUGCAAGAACUGCAAAAGCAGCAGCAGCAGCGCCUGGAGGCACAUGGCACAGGCAAGCAGAGGCAGCAGAGGCAGCAGAGGCAGCAGAGGCAGCAGAGGCAGCAGAGGCAGCAGAGGCAGCAGAGGCGGCAGAGGCAGCAGAGGCAGUGCGGCAUAGAGGGGAGGUGUGGGGGGGAAACACGCAGUGGGAGACAGGGGUUGAGGUUUGGAAGGGUUCUAGGGGAGGAGAGGGGGUAGGAGCAGGUGACACACAUUCAACCGUCCAGCAACAGUUUGGCUCUACUCAGCAGCGGUUUGGCUCUGGUGCGGAGCAGCCGCAUUCCUCUCAGCGUUCCCACUCUGCCACCUCUUCCCAAACUGCUCUGUCUGCUCCUACUCUCGGCUCUCCUUCUGCUCCUUCUGCUCCUUCUGCUCCUUCUGCCCCACAUGCUUCUUUCGCUGCGAUGCGUUCGGAGAGGCAGCAACGUGCCAUGCGAGCAGCUGCCGCUCUUGCCCGCGCCGCCACACAAACCUCCGCCGCACCCGCCACCACCACCACCUCUACCUCCGCUGCUGCUGCUGCGUCCUCUCGCCUCUCAGUCCCUCCGUCCACACCUCCUCCCUCCACUGCCCCUCCUCCCUCUGCUGCUCCUCCCCCCUCCCCCUCUACCCCUCCCAGUCUUCCCGAGUCCGACCCACAAGCACCACCCCCUCCCUCCUGGCCCUCUGACAGCCACAGCCCUUGGUCUUGGAAUCGAGCCACAACCGUUCGGCAAGAAGCAGCUCGAGUUACCGUUGUUAGGCAGGAUGUGGGGCAAGUGUCAGUGCAACGGGUCGAGCGGUUUUUUUUUAGGCGAUAGGGUAGGGAGUCAAGAGUUGGGCCAAGGGAUAGAGGCAGUGAGCACAGAAUCCCUCGAACUCUAUACUGGUCUUUCCGAAGCUGAUGCUUCCCCGCAUCCUGCCGUGGCUGCCCUGCUGGCUCGGUGGCGUCAGCCCUAUCUUGGCUCGGUCUGCUUUGAGAACCGGCCGGAGCUGAAGCUGCCGAGCCUGGGUGAGGCUCGGGAAGCAGGCACGGGAGCUGUGGAUCUGGUGGGGGAAGCAGAGGGGGGGAAGAUGGGAGGUGAAGGUGGAGGGGUGAGAGGUGUGAGGGAGCUUGGGGCGGUUGACGUGGAGGAUGAUGAUUGGGUAGAGGGAGGGGAGGAUGAGGAGGAAGAGGAGGAAGAAGGGGAUGUAGAAAGUAAAGAGGAGGGGGAGGAGGAGGAAGAUGAAGAGGAUGAGGAGGAGGGAGUGGAAUGGGUGAGAGCAAUGGGAGAGGAGGAGGUGGAAGAGGUAGAAGAGGAGAGCGAUGUUGAAAUGCCAGUCAUGGCACUGUGGGAGGCUGACAGCAGUGCACGGGCUGAGAGCAGCGCAACAGGCAGAGGGGCGUCCAGGAGGGGAAGGAGAAAGAAGACUCUUGAGGCGAAUGAGGAAGCGAUUGAAGCCAGUGAGUGGAUGCAGGAGGGCAAGGGUGAGGUGAAUGAGACUGGUGGGUGGAUGGGGGAGGCAGGCCGAGAUGUGGGGGGAGCGGAUGAGAGCGCAGGUAUUGUCAGUGGGGCGAUGGAGACUGGGGGUAGCAGCAGGGCGCGAGGAGCGAGGGGGAGGAGGAAGGCAGCGGAUGUAAGCACUGAAAUGGG